CGUCCCAACACUAUUAAUCCAACUCCGGCAGGUGAAAUACCACCAUCUUUGGAUAUUUUAUUUGAUUUCUCGUCUUCCUCGGAUCAUACUGUAAAAAUAGGGGAUAAAACUACCAUUGUAACGAAUAGGGAAUGUAGUCAUGGUUUUCUGUAUAAUCCAUUUACAGAGAAAUGUGUAAGAUUGCAUGUUGUGGAUCCCACAGUUAAAAACAACGGAUCCUUUACCGAUUACAGCUGGAAAGGAUCCGGCUGUGUUAAAGUUGGCAUAAGUUCCGUAACUGUUUUACCAAAUGGCUCAAUAUGGAUCCCAUUGCAUAAGAGAACAUACAACAACGGAAGUUACUUUAUCAACGGUUCUUUUGUGUUUGUUUGCGUAAACCUCACAAUAAAUUUUACUGAAACAACUACUACUGGAAGCUAACUGGAAGGCAGAUAACGACAUAUGUGGGUUGUGCCAUAUCGAUAACUUCCUUGAUUCUCCUUCUCGGAGUCUAUAUCAUAUUUCCGGAGCUAAGAACCCUGCCUGGAAAGAAUCUGAUGAGCUUGUCAAUCUCCAUGUUGUUUUAUCACACUUUCUUUUUAAUGUCCGGUCAGACUAACCGCCCACACCUCGGUAUGGCAGUAUCCAUUCUGCUUCAUUAUUUUUUGUUGUCAACAUUCUUCUGGAUGAGUGUGAUGGCCUUCGAUGUUGCCAAGACGUUUACGAAGAAAGGUAUUUAAAGAAUGACUGUCUUUUGUACUUUUAACACUGAAGUUUUAGGAUUUGCUUGACUGCACAGGGCGAGAUACAGAAUGGGGCAAUUCCCAAGCCAGUGGUUUACAGGUUUUUAAAUCUUGUUUGCUUGUUAUUUACUCUUCCCAUGGCGCAAACACACGACAUUGGGAGGGAGGUUCAAUCCAAUUCGAGAACUGUUUAUGUACUAUGCGUUUUCGAAAUUAACACCACAAGGGUUUUUUGUUUGUUUUGUUUUGUUUUUGUUUUGGUAGUGAAAGAAUACAGCGACAAAAACUAACUUCUUCCCAACCGGCUCUUGUGAAAUAGAUAUUGGAAAUUCACUCAACCCUUUAGAGUAAUAUGGGAUUUUUGUUUUCCGUUUUAUAUUUGAAAUCAGAUAAAGGCUUCUUUAAUUUUUAUCCUAGGCGUCAACUUCUGCUGGAUUUCUAAUGGGAAAGCACUACUUGUUGUCCUUGGGGUACCCGUGCCUCUAAUUCUCAUGUUUAACUGUGUCGCAAUUACUAUCACGCUGUUGUCCAUUUGGAAAGUUCAGAAGGUACUUUACCAGCCUAGAACACAAAACAAAAAGUCUUGAGUCAACGAGUCUAAUGUCUUCCUUCUUCUCUUAAUGUUAUUAUCCUCCUGAAUUCUGAGUUGUUGCUGUACCCAUAUAGUAAGCAAGGGUUUAACGUGGGGAUUUGUGCACACUUGAAAACUGAUGAGGUUUUAAAAUUUGUUUCAAUACAGCAGCCUAUACCUCUCGCAUAACACUCGACAAGAGGGUGACCUAUAAAUUGACUGUAUUUAUUUAUAUUUUAUUUUAUUUUAUUUAUAUCUAUUUUUUUAUAUUCCCAGUUAGAUUACACGGCGGGUGACAGAUCAAAAGGCGAGCCUUUCCAUCUUGUGCAUCAAGCUGUCAUCUGCCUUGGGAUUUACGUGGCUGCUGGGAUUUAUUGUUCCGUUUGCUGAAGUCGACUUUUUAACGUAUCUGUUUGUCAUUUGCAACAGUUUACAAGGUCAGUUUGUCAUCAAAAAACUUCUUCCGUUAAACAGGCUAUUAACGGUUGAUACAAGAUAAUUAUUUCGCAAUUAAGCAUGACCUAUUCUAAUUCCUUUUUCGACUGAUCAGACAUUUUUAAGCUGUCGGUACAUAAGGCCUUUAAACUUUAACUAUUUGGUUAUUAUUUUUUUUACACCUGAUUCCACCUCGUCAUGCUCUUUUAAAGUUACUUGUUGUUAUUAAUUGAAAUCAUUUUCUGUAUUCAUCAUUGUGUGGCUCACUGGACGUGCACGUCCUUAAAAUCGAAAAUCAAAUAUAUAUAUUUGUUAUAUAGACACGAGUGUUUUACUGGAAAAUACACCACUUGUAAAAUUCAUAAAAACUACAUCCGGGACCCGAGUGGUUUAUUUUCCAUAAUCUCACACGUUAGUUUUUCCAUGACGUAAUUUCGGUAAUUUCCCUCAAUAAUUUGUAGGCGUCAGGCGUCCUUUGAAUUUUAAUUACACAUUUUUCAAAGCUUUGCUUAUAUUUUGUCAAUGUAGAGCCCUAUUCAGCUCAGUGUUAUUUCUCCAGAUUAUUGUAAACAAUGUCUUAUAUUGCUGUACUGUAAAUGUGAGCCGUCACAAUUACUUUUUGGCGAAAAAAAUAUAUUAUUUUAUCGAUGUCUUUUUGUCUAUAUAAUAAAAAGAACAUUACACGGCGGCUUGAAGAUAUGAAUUUUAUUUUCUAGUGGCAAAACAAUAUUUUACGAACGAGCGCAGCGAGGGAGUAAAAUAUUGUUUUGCCGCUCGAAAAUAAAAUUCAUAUCUUCGCGCCACCGGGUAAUGUCCUCUCUAUAUAAAAAUGUUCGAAAUAAAAAAGCUAAUCGCCAUUUAGCAUAAGAAUUUCUGAGCUUGCAGGUAACCAGUCGACGUUAACGUCAGUUACAAAUAUAUCAUAUCCAAAGAAAGUUAAAAUACCCGUUACAUUGACUUUAAUUUUUACAAAGAGUAAUUAAAAGUAAUAAGCUAGUUGAUUAACUUAGCUAUGAACGAUUUAAAGUCGUCGUGACACGUAGGUCUAUAUAAAUGUUACCAUGGUAAUCCAGUUUUGACAGCUUCUUUUUUUUUUUUUUAAUUUGCAUUUUCUCUGUAAAAAACUGAGGUUCUAUUCGUAGUUGCUGAAUUACUAUGUUACACUUAACUCAGCAUUGCAUUAUCCUACCAAAGUAAUUAAGGCUGCCAAGAAUAUAAUCCAGGUUGUUUUGGUGCCUAAUUAAGAAAAAAGAAACACAGAGUUUAAACCCAAAGUUAAAAAAGGAAAGAAAAUGACAGUUGGUUCUAAUUCCUCCGUUUAAUAAUAAAUUCAUUGAGCAUGACGCAAUACUCUUGUUUAAGUUUAUUAGUUUAGUAGCCAACUUCUUGGUUUUAUCAGACACCUCACUACUUACGUAUUUUCCGUUACAUUGAAGGAAAUUUGAACUCUGUCAAUAACACGCCGGGCUGACAGGGAGGCGGAAACCGACCAGUAAAAGACUGCUCUUACAGUUUUUAUCUGUUUGAGCUGAAACUUUGCAGGAUUAUAGAACUUAGAACUCUUCAUGUUUUCAUGGUUUGAAAAUAUUGAAUUUCAUCGUUUUUGGCCGGAAAAUGACGUCACAAGAUUGACAGCAAAACUUAACUUUCAAAUGACAUCGUAAAAAGUAGACGAUUUUGAAAGACCGUGGCAAGACAAAAACAAAUGUGAUUUUUUUCCAAAACAUCAAUUGGUUGAGGAUAUAAAGCAUUGUGAAUUUUUUCCUUUAUUUCUGAAAGUGGUAUUAAAAUGGCAGGAAAUUCAAAAUUUAAAGCUUAAUAAUUCUGUAACCAAUCAAGCUCUUCGAAUUCAUAAAAAAUAAAUAAUAAUAAUAGUAAUAAUAAUAAUAAUAAACACUCACAUUGUUUAGUUACUAUCUUGUCACGGUCUUUUAAAAUCACCUCCUUCUUACGCUGUCAGUUGAAAUUUAAAUUUUGCUGUCAAACUGGUGACGCAAUUUUCCCGCCAAAAAACCGUUGAUAUUAAAAAAUAUAUAUAUAGGGAAAAUUCAAAGUUCUACAAUCCUGCAAAGUUUCAGCUCCAACAGAAAAAACUGAAAGAGAAAUUUUCUACUGGAUGGUUUCAGCCUCCUGUCAUUCCGGCGUGAAAUUCAACAAUAUGACGUAAUAAUUACGUCAAAUUAAGCCUUCCAAUGUUGGAAAUAAUGAGUAUGUUUUAGUCAAUCUUUCAUUUCAGGUAAUUUUUUAUUUUCCUCUGCUUCAAAUUCAUUAGCGUACAUCACCAUACCAAAAAAGAAUGGAAAAAUAAAAAUUACCUGAGAUAGAAAAUUAACUACAACAAGUACGUUAUUCCUUGUAAUUCAACUUUCAGGGUUCUUCAUUUUCCUUGCUUUUGUGGCAAAUAAGAGGACACUCGUUAAAGUCAAAUGCGCGUGGGGAUCGCUUUCCAAGUCUGAUGGGUCGACAAACACCACCUCAAACACUGGCAGGAAUAGGGCAAAAAAGACAAGCAAGGACGAACAAUUAGCUGCAACUACUGCUUUGUAA